AUGGAUCACCAAGACAUCGCCCCUGAGGAGACGGAAUAUACCACCGACGGUCUGCUCGACUUCAGCGACGACAUCAUCACCGUCCUGGUAGGACCCGAGCAGGAAAAGUUCAUAGUCCAUGCGAAGCAGCUGCAAAAGUCGCCAUACUUUAGGAACGCAAUGAAGGAAACCUGGCUGGUGGACGGCACCAUCAGCCUCCCUGUGGACGAUCCGAAAAUUAUCCGUUUCUACCUACACUUCCUCUAUGCUUCCGAGGUCCCCGAGACCUCCUUUCCGGGCCUGGCGGCACUGUAUGUCUACGGCGAGAGAGUCGUGGACUUGCGCUUCAAGGACACCAUCAUCAAGACCAUCAUCAGUAUGAGUCGUCACAGCGGAAAAGACGGCCAAUGCUACUGGCCCGUCACCGAUGCUGUCGAUUGCAUAUAUGCCGGCACGCUGAGUGGAUCUCCAGGCAGACGUCUGCUCGUCGACAUCUUCGCAUGUCAUGGGGGCACUCACUGGAUCGGAGACCACGAGUAUGAUGCGGACUUCCUCAGAGAUCUGGUCCUAAGGCGUAUGCACGAAAACGAGGGAAUGAAAGCUGUGACCGACGACGAAAUUGUCGCAGAGCGGUAUCUUGAGGAACCCCAACCUGAAUUCCUUGAUGCGCCGCAUACCUACGAGAUCCAAUCGCAGCAGCAUGCGAAUCUACCAAAUACUGCCGAAGUGAACAGCUUGUAUGAGUCUGAAAAUCAGCUUCAUCGCAGGCUGAGCCCAGAUUCAAGGACUGCGCUGGCUGCAUAUGACGAGCGCUUGACGCUUCAGGAGGUCGUGAGAGCCAGCAUGGUUAGGAGGUGGUAG